ACUCUUCAUCUGUGGCCUUUCAACGUCAAGUACGAACAGGUUUAGCUCACGUGCAGCGCAUGUUUAUCAUGAUGAACAAUGCGCCAAGACCAAGAACAGUCUCUUUACCUCGACAGUAUUAUCACAGAGUUACUUAGCUUUAGUCUAUAUCUUGUGAAUCUUAUACUAGCGAAUGAAUGUUCCGAGAAAAAAAUCGUUACAAGAGAAAACGGGCAUUUCCUUAGGGUUAGAGAGCCCCACGCCGUAUGACCUCCUCGCGCGACCGAUGACGGCUGAACUGUGGUCUACUUAACCACGUAAUAGAAGCUGUGAUGUGCUUAGAACAUGUGACAAGAUAGGGAGCCAGUUCUAGAAGUUCGCAUUUUACACUAAAUCAUUUUCAUUUCAUAACGUAACACCCACGCCUAUAUAAAGGGUUGAAAUUAGGAAACUUUCAAAAUGUUCUUUGAAACAAAGGCCACCGUCGCAACUACGAUCUACGACACGGUGGCCGCCGGGGAGGUUAACAAAGCUUUGACGACAAUCUCUGCAAGCUUCUCUUUGUUAGGAACUUUUUUAAUCAUUGCAACAUUUGUCGCAUGGAAGGACUUUAGAUCGAAAUCCAGGCGAAUAUUGGUGUACAUUUCUAUCGCCGAUUUCUUCAUCGCCGGAGGAAACUUACUCGGAGUAUGGUUGGUCGACGAGAAUAGCAAUGCGUGUAAGGCUCAGAGUUUUAUUUCAACAUGUGCAUCGCUUUGGUCGUUUUUUUGGACGGUUUUUCUUGGCCUGUAUAUGUACACUGCUGUGGCGAGCAAACAGGGUAACAAAGCUGAUGUAAUGGUGAAGUUUUUCCACGUUAUCGGAUGGGGGGUCCCUUUGGUUAUUGUAAGUGUUGCGCUUGGAUUGGGAAAGUUAGGCAAAGAAAAUGUCGACAGUGCUGGCUGGUGCUGGAUUGACGGGCGUUUGAAGCAAGAGGAGAAAAAAAUUUGGAUGUUUAUUACAGGAAAAGCCUGGGAAAUAUCUGCUUAUUUUCUUUGCUCAAUAUUUUACCUGAUGUUAAAGUGUCGAAUUCGCAAGGAGAUAUAUGAUAACAAAAAACAGUUUGCCUCUCCUGAAUCAAAGGAAGCUGCCAUCAAAGCCGAAAAAAGAUUGAUGCUAGUUCCAGUCACAUUCAUUUUGGUUCGCAUUUGGGGAACACUUCGCUUUAUUCUUUACACGUUUGCUGGUGUUCACAGUUUGAAUACAACUUACGGAAUAGUUUUUCUUUAUCUACAGGGAAUUGGUGACAGUAGCCAGGGCUUUGCAAACUUCUUAUUGUUUUGCUUCUUCACUGAAAAAUUCCAAAGUCAUCUUAGUCAGAGCAUUCAGAAAUUUUCAUUGAGCUGCAGGAGAUCAUUCACCAGUUCAUCGAUGGUGGAACUCCAAAUUUCAAGUAAAUUAUCAAGUAGUAUCCAAGAAACAGAUGAGACGUCUUACCUGCUUGCUAAGCCAGACAUCAGACAAGGUCCUUAAAUUCAUGAUGUGAUUGUCUUUACAUUACAUUUUGGCCGUCACAUCAUCAAGGGAAAAAUUUACCAGGAGGCCAAAAUAAGAAGAUAACCUAAAGGUUUGAACAAACCAUAAAUGAAGACUAAGCCUAAUCUCUCCCUGGGACCCCGCAGAACUAGUUGUUUUUAGUAUUAACUACAAGUUAAAAAGAUAUUACUUUGAUUAUGGGUCCAUGUGCUUCAGGUACCAGUUGGUCACAAUGUUCACCAAGAAAUUAUUUAAUUAAGUUCCAUUUCAAUUAACUUUCAAAUGUAAAUAAAAAUGUAUGUUUAUGUAAUAAGGCUAUAAUUAUGAUUCAGUAUUUCCUAGCAUUAGUCAUUCACAUUGUGACCUGUAUUGAAGAAAUUUACUUAAGGGGGAAUAAAAAAUUUGGCUUUAUUUCAUUUUAUAGAGCAAGUAAAAUCAAAAUUUGUCAUGAUGAGAUUAGAAAUUGAACAGACAUAACUCCCAGUACAUAGAAGAAGUCAAAGUUGAAAAUUCAAGAAAGAAUAAGAAAGUGCAAAAAUAAAAAAAAAAUCAGUUUCACAGAUAUUACCUGUGAGGGCAUUUUGGUACUCAAGGGGUGUUUUGAUACAAUUUUGGCACUAGUGAAAGAAAAAAUAUUUUGCUCAAUGGAUGAGAAUGAUAUUGUAUCAAGCUGACAAGUUGAAAAUCACUUUUAAAAGUAAACUUUGAAAAGUCAAUGACUAGUUCAAAAGGACAUUUAAGUGAAAAGUUAGUUCUGAGCUGUGUGUGAACAAAGGAAGCACAUUAAUUUAAUAAGCUACACAACAUUAUCAGAUACUGUUAUAAAAAUGAAAAUCCAAGAUCUGUAUAAAUUUGAACAAUAAAGAAAGAAUUAGGCACACUCUAA